GGCCCGACUCGCGAGCGGGCGAGCGUUGUCUUCUUCUUCGCCGGUUCGCUCGACGGCGCUCGCGUUUGCCUCCUCGUCUCCCUCGCCGCCGCGACGCGCCUCCACUGCCGCCGACGAAUCACGCCGCCGCAGUUACCAUGGCAGCAAUGAACAGUGACCUGGGAGGACUGGGAGGCAGACCUGCUCCUUCACAAGCUAACCCUUUUGAAAGUGCUUUAUAUGGAGCUGGACCUGGACUCAUCCGAAGUGGGUUAGGAGCAUAUGGCGAGAAGUUUUUAGGUUCAAGCUCUGAGUUUAUGCAAAGCAAUAUCACUCAGUAUCUAUCCAAUCCUCAGUAUUAUUUUCAAGUCAACAGUCAGUAUGUGAGGAACAAGUUGAAGGUGAUCUUGUUCCCUUUCCUGCACCGGGGACACUGGACAAGGAUAACUGAACCAGUGGGAGGAAGGCUGUCAUACAAACCUCCAAUUCAAGAUAUCAAUGCUCCAGAUCUGUACAUUCCUCUGAUGGCUUUUGGCACAUAUGUUGUAAUUGCUGGAUAUGCGUUGGGUGCUCUUGGGAGGUUUACCCCAGAGGCACUUACUCUACAGUUCACAAAAGGAUUACUUGGCUGGUUUCUGCAAGUAAUCCUGAUCCGAGUUCUACUGUACACACUGGGAAGUGGUGAAGCGCCAUUGCUGGACAUUGUGGCCUAUGCUGGGUAUGGAUUUGCUGGUACAUCACUUGCUAUGCUUGUCCGUGUCUUCUGGAGCCCAUCAUACUAUUUUGUACUGCCGUGGUUCUCAAUCUGCACCGGUGUGUUCCUGGUCAAGACGAUGAAAAGGGUUCUUCUGGGUGCACCAAGGAGCUAUGAGAGGCAUCCCAGUCGGAAUCACUACUUUCUUCUCUUCCUUGCAGUCGUGCAAUUCCCCAUGCUCUUCUGGCUAGGCAACAUCAGCGGGUGAUAUUUCAGUCUUAUUUUAGAACCCUGCAAAACUCAGUUUAUUCAAGGUAUUGCUAUCGGGAAUAGGUUUGAGAUUCAGGCUUAUCUGUCGUUCAUGCUCUUGUGGAGGUGGUAAGUUGCUGGACAAGAAAUUGUAUAACAAAUGACUGUCGUUCACCCAUUUCUGUCUGGCAUCAACUGAGGACCAAUGGAUACACGGAUGUUCUUAUCGUGCAU